AUGGGGGAUCUGGGCACGCCGGAGGACAGCGUUAUUCCUAAAACAGACUUAGGGAAGGGAGUCUUGGAACCUGUUCCCUUAACUCCCGAACAGGAGCUGGCCCUUGCUACGUUCAGGAACAAAGUUCAAGAUGUUUUGCGUCAAGAGCAUGAUGAUAGAUUCCUUCUCCGGUGGCUUAAAGCUAGAAAAUUUGACCUGAACAAAUCCGAGGAGAUGCUAAGAAAUAGUUUGUCGUGGCGAGAAAAGAAUAAUGUCGACACGAUUCUAGAUGAUUUUGAGUCGCCAGAUGUCCUGAAGAAGUACUUUACAGGAGGAACUAGUGGUUUCGACAAAGAGGGAUGCCCUAUAUGGGUGGACCCGUUAGGUAGAUUGGAUUUCAAAGGCUUAAUGGCAUCAGCCAACCAAAAAGACAUGCUACUCCACAAGUUGUGUGACCUGGAACGAUUCUCAAAGGUCAUGGUGGAGCAAUCACACAAGUUAGGAAAGGUGAUAGACAAGGAGACUAUAAUAUACGAUAUGGAAAAGGUUGGGAUGCGUCAUCUGUGGAAACCCGGAAUUGACACAUUUAACCAGUUUGUCACCCUUGUGGAAGAUAACUACCCUGAGAGACUGAAGUUUAUCUUUAUUAUCAAUGCUCCAAAGAUUUUCCCUGUGAUCUGGAAACUGGUGCGACCUUUUGUGGCGGAGGAAACCAGAAAGAAAAUUAAAGUUUUUGGUACAACGAAUUACAAAGAUACUUUGCUGGAAUACAUCGAUGCAGACCAGUUACCGGCUGCCUAUGGUGGUACGCUAGUGGACAAAAGUGGAGAUCCCAGAUGUGGUGAAAUGAUUGUCCAGGGAGGCGAAGUACCGAAAGAACUUUAUGCCAACGCUAACAGCCUGGACAGAGACAAAUUUACGUCUGUGACAGUAAUGCGAUUACAGAUUAUAAAAGAUUACAAAAUCUGGCAGUUCUUUACGGAGGGCUACGAUAUUGGCUUCGCGGUCUACAAGCGGAUAGAAGAUGGAUUGAGGAAAGGCAAUCUGGAGGAGAUUAUUCCGACAGAGAGAGUAACUAGUCAUAUCUAUCCUGGAGAUGGAAGUGUCGUGUGCAAAACUGUCGGCACAUAUGUUAUAAGAUUUGACAACACAUACAGCUGGACUCGUAGUAAGAAGAUCCUCUACUCUGUUGACGUCAUGGUACCAGAUAGUAUGGAUGGUUUUAGCAACGUCGACAUAUUCACGAGUUAAAUGGGACGUGACUUCAGCAACGUCGAAAUUUUCACCAGUUAAUUAACACGUGAUUCAGUAACACCGAUUUAUAACCAGUAACCAGUUCUUGAUCACGUGAUUUCGACAACAUCGAAGCAUUCGCCAGCUUAUUGAUACAGGACAUCUGCAGUGUCGAAACAUUGACUAUGAUUACAUUUUGAACUGAAUGUUCAAAUACAUGUAUUAUAUUAGACGGUAACCGUCAACCCUUUUACGUUAAACAUCUUUGAAAUGACAUCAGAUUAUCGCCGCAAAUAUUACCUGACCGAUUUGAAGGAUGAAGCAUUUCUUUUCGAAUUUGUUGAAUACGUUGUAUCAACGCCAUGAAAUGCACAUGUGUGCGUUUUUGGCAAUCUUUGUUUUCUGUGCUGUAGAACAACAAAUGUAGUGAGGAAAGUGAGGUUAGAUUCUGCUAUACUGCAACCUAUUUUGUACUUUUAUAUCAUUGUCGUCUGUAGUUUAUUAAAGAUUUUGCUUCGUCCUUUCUAUAGAA